AUGCGCAGAUGCGUCGGGCGGACGCUGCGGCGCUGCGGCACCGACACCACCCUGGAGGACCCCUCGCAGUCGGAUGACGUCACCGAUCGGGUGACCGAGGACCUCACCGAUGGCGUCGGCAGCGGCUCAGUGUCGGAGCAGGCGUGGGACCCCUACCAGGCGAGUUCUGUCAGCGACUCAGUGUCGGAGCAGGCGUGGGACCCCUACCAGGCGAGUUCUGCCAGCGGCUCAGUGUCGGAGCAGGCGUGGGACCCCUACCAGGCGAGUUCUGCCAGCGACUCAGUGUCGGAGCAGGCGUGGGACCCCUACCAGGCGAGUUCUGCCAGCGGCUCAGUGUCGGAGCAGGCGUGGGACCCCUACCAGGCGAGUUCUGUCAGCGACUCAGUGUCGGAGCAGGCGUGGGACCCCUACCAGGCGAGUUCUGCCAGCGGCUCAGUGUCGGAGCAGGCGUGGGACCCCUACCAGGCGAGUUCUGACAGCGGCUCAGUGUCGGAGCAGGCGUGGGACCCCUACCAGGCGAGUUCUGUCAGCGACUCAGUGUCGGAGCAGGCGUGGGACCCCUACCAGGCGAGUUCUGCCAGCGGCUCAGUGUCGGAGCAGGCGUGGGACCCCUACCAGGCGAGUUCUGUCAGCGACUCAGUGUCGGAGCAGGCGUGGGACCCCUACCAGGCGAGUUCUGUCAGCGGCUCAGUGUCGGAGCAGGCGUGGGACCCCUACCAGGCGAGUUCUGCCAGCGACUCAGUGUCGGAGCAGGCGUGGGACCCCUACCAGGCGAGUUCUGCCAGCGGCUCAGUGUCGGAGCAGGCGUGGGACCCCUACCAGGCGAGUUCUGUCAGCGACUCAGUGUCGGAGCAGGCGUGGGACCCCUACCAGGCGAGUUCUGCCAGCGGCUCAGUGUCGGAGCAGGCGUGGGACCCCUACCAGGCGAGUUCUGCCAGCGGCUCAGUGUCGGAGCAGGCGUGGGACCCCUACCAGGCGAGUUCUGCCAGCGGCUCAGUGUCGGAGCAGGCGUGGGACCCCUACCAGGCGAGUUCUGUCAGCGACUCAGUGUCGGAGCAGGCGUGGGACCCCUACCAGGCGAGUUCUGUCAGCGACUCAGUGUCGGAGCAGGCGUGGGACCCCUACCAGGCGAGUUCUGACAGCGGCUCAGUGUCGGAGCAGGCGUGGGACCCCUACCAGGCGAGUUCUGCCAGCGGCUCAGUGUCGGAGCAGGCGUGGGACCCCUACCAGGCGAGUUCUGUCAGCGACUCUGGGUCGGAGCAGGCGUGGGACCCCUACCAGGCGAGUUCUGACAGCGGCUCAGUGUCGGAGCAGGCGUGGGACCCCUACCAGGCGAGUUCUGUCAGCGACUCAGUGUCGGAGCAGGCGUGGGACCCCUACCAGGCGAGUUCUGCCAGCGGCUCAGUGUCGGAGCAGGCGUGGGACCCCUACCAGGCGAGUUCUGUCAGCGACUCAGUGUCGGAGCAGGCGUGGGACCCCUACCAGGCGAGUUCUGUCAGCGGCUCAGUGUCGGAGCAGGCGUGGGACACCUACCAGGCGAGUUCUGACAGCGCGAGCGACUCAGUGUCGGAGCAGGCGUGGGACCCCUACCAGGCGAGUUCUGCCAGCGGCUCAGUGUCGGAGCAGGCGUGGGACCCCUACCAGGCGAGUUCUGACAGCGGCUCAGUGUCGGAGCAGGCGUGGGACCCCUACCAGGAGUACAAAGUGGUAUCUGAGCUGGGCUCCGAGCCUGCCGUCGACCCAGAGACGCUGCGCCGCUUCCUCGACACGGACGACUACCGCAACUUCAUCGACUCGCUGUCCGACUGCACCUCCUCCCAAGUCAGCGGCGCGCCGCCGCGACGGCCGCCGCCGCGACGGCAGCGCAGGAAGCUGCGGGCGGCCUGCAGUGACUCUGUGGACAGCGACACGGACGGAGGAGACGAGGUGGCCGCCGCGCUGGUCGAGUCGCGGCGCCGCCUCCAGCUGGCCCGGGCCGAGCUGAGCCGCCGCGCCCACCAGCCGGACCCCAUCUGUACAGGGUCCGAGCCGGACCCGUCGUCCGGCGAAGGUGUUUAG